GGUCACUGAAAUAAAAACAGCUGCCGAGUUUGAGGUUUCUGUAUCUGUUGCAGUGCUGAAAAAAAUGGCAUCUCGGGGUUGGCAACCCCUAACCACCUUCCAUUGACCUAGCAACCAAGUUACCAAGCUGUGAUGAUGUCUGGUAAAAGGAAAGUGUUGAAGCCGGACCAGUCUGUGGAAGAGGGUACAUCAAGCAGGCAAGCUAACCUGUCAUUGUUGUCAUCUCCUUGCCAUGGCAACACUGUGUUACUAGGACUUAAUGAGUUGAGGAAGGAGGGAACACUGUGUGACUACUCCUUAGUGGCUGAGAAUACCACACUCAAGGUACACAAGGCAGUUCUGGCAGCAUGCAGUGACUAUUUCCGCGUGAUGAUGACGGGGGACAUGCGCGAAGCGCGAGAGGACAGUGUCCACCUCCACUGGGUCUCGGCAGCUGGACUCCAGGCCGUGGUGGACUUUGCAUACACUGGGAAGCUGGAGCUGGGUAUUGAGAAUGUGGAGGAGGUGCUGGCCGCAGCAUCACAUCUACAGAUGACAGAUGUGGUGAGGCUGUGUUGUGAGUACUUAGAGAUGGCUAUCACAGAGGAGAACUGUGUGGACAUUUUGAACCUAGCAGAGCUCUACUCUCUGCUGCAGAUGAAGGAGCAAGCCAUGCUGUUUAUACUGGAGCAUUUUGAGAGCAUUUCCACAGCAGACCAAUUCAACAGUCUCAACCACACCCAGAUGGCCGCCCUCCUGGACCGCAACCACCUCAAGGUCACCUCCGAGUACCAUCUCUUCCUGAUCGUCCUCAGCUGGAUCAGACACAGACCACAGCAGAGGGAGCCACAAGUUGCCCAGCUUAUGAGUCGUGUCCGGUUGCCACUGCUGACUGGAGAGGAGCUGGUGGAGAAGGUCAGCCAGGAGGAGAUAAUGAAGUGUAACACGGAGUGCAAUCGACUGCUGACGGAGGCCAAGGACUAUCACAUAGUGGUGGGUAAACAACCCCUCCUCCAGUCACCGCGGACACAGAUCAGGUCAGACCAGAAAAGUAUCAUGAUGAUCCACGGGGAAAACGUGGACAGUUACAAUUUAGUCACCAAGAAGCACACCUUUCUGAAGGAUGCCACAAUACCACUGUACAACCCUUGUGUUUGCGUGAUAGACAACUUCAUGUACACAUGUGGCGGCAAGUACGACAAUAACUCUCAUAAUGAAAUAGCAACAGCGAGGUGUUUCCGGUAUGAUCCUCGUUUUGAUACAUGGUAUGAGUUGGCAUCCAUGACAGAGGCGAGGAAAGAUUUUGUCAUGGUUGCCUACAAGGGGGCACUGUAUGCCAUAGCGGGGCAAGAUGAGAACAUCCUUAUCUGUUCGAUGGAAUGUUUUCAGGUUGCUAAGAAUGAGUGGGAAAUGAAGGUCGCGUUGCCAAACGCCUCAGUGGGUAGUGCGGGGGCCGUCUGCAAUGAUCUCAUCUACCUCAGUGGAGGGCAACUGUUUGAUGGGUACACUGGGAAACUAAUGUGUUACAACCCCUCUGAGGAUAAAUGGACACAGAAAGCACCAAUGAUAGCGCCGAGGGGGAACCAUAUCAUGGAGCAUGUGAACGGACGACUCUUUGUUAUAGGUGGAAAUGUCGAGGAUUCGUACGGAUUUGCUGUUCCCACAAUAUCAAUAGAAAUCUACAGUCCUGCAGUGGAUCAGUGGUCACGUAGUCAGUGCCAGCUUAACGUACGCGAGUCUGGCUCCUGCGUUUUAGGAUCAGACAUCUAUAUUGUCGGUGGACUGAAUGGAGACCAUUAUUUCUCUGAGAUGAUUUACGCGUAUAAUACCAACGAGGAUGUCAAAGCAGUGGUUGAGGAGAAACAUUCUCCACGCAUUGGACGUGCAUGUUGCAUACUCACCUUGCCUCAGUAUGGGUUCUGAAGUACAUGUUCACACUUUGAUUGAUCAGUUUUUCAUUGGAACUCUGAAUCCAUUUUGCGCUCACUCCAGGAAGUGAUUUGUUUAAGCUGGGGUAAUAGGACAUCAAAUACUUUUCAUUAAUUUAUUUAUUGUUAGUUGAUAUGUCAGCACUAGGUAUUGUUUUUUUUUCUGAUGCUAUAUGAAGUAAGAGUUUUGCUUGUCUUGAAGACUGUGUACAAGAAAAUAUGACGUGUGUGUGUGCUCUCAUGUGAUUGUGUCCAUGUCAGUGAUUUCCUGUUUUAAUGCAUGCUCUGUUCUGCAAAAUCCUAGAUUUUAUCUGUAUCACAAUAUUGGACCAAAUUAAUGAUAAAUUUGGUUUAAAAAAACAAUUUACACUUUGAUGACAGCAAGAGCUGUAAAUGUUUCUGUUAAGUUUUCCCCAUAUCAAAAUGAGUUCAGUUUAUAUUAUUAAUUUAUAACUUUUGAAAUAAAAAAUAAUAGUAACAUCAUGCAAUACUGGGAAAAUACCUCGCAUAAAAUGUAUUUUAUCAAAAUUAAAAUUAGUAAUUUAUAUAUAUAAUUAAAUGUAGUUACUUACUGGACAAUAAAAUGUCACUGUACGCUCGUGUUAAGACAUGGAGUAAAUGUGGGCAUCAGCUAAUAGUUUACUUAUAUUAUUUAUAUCUAUGGUAUUUUUAAGUUUGGGACUCCAACAGAUAAAUGAUGGGUAAGUAUAGAAAUUUGUUGAGGGCAGGAAAAUAAUAUUUAUAUUAUGAUUUAAUAUUUAUGUAUAAAUCAUAAUUUUGUUUGCCAGUAUCCUUUCUCCUUUACCUCGGGUCUUGGGUGGACAGGGAUCAUAGUGGUUGUAACAGUUCUUGUAUCUCCUGACCAUGCUGCUUGAAAGUUGGUCCAGACACUGGUCAGCAUUACUCGGGCCGUCCGGUCAUUAUUUUGAAAAU